AAGAUCAAGUGGCUCGAACAGGUGACAUGUCGCUCCAUUUCUCCAUUUCCCUGGUGGCUUCUUCAUGGAGCACGGCGACGACCAGCUGCAGGAGGAAGCAUCCCCUGUCCUCCCCUCGAUCGAGUCCCUCAAUCCUCCUCUGCUUCCAGCCUCCAUCGGAUUAGGGUUCGUCCUCGCAUCGCUUGUCCUCGUCCGAUCGGAGUCCCUCAAACCCGUAACCACUGCCAUCAAGCUCGCCGACAACGCCAUCAAGGGCACCCAGGUGCUCUCCUCCCCUUCGCCCAAGUCGCUCCUCCUCGCAUCCAAGGCCAUCGUCAAGGGGUACAGGGCAACCAAGCGCUUCGUCCCCGUAGGAUUCGACCUCAAGCUUCCGCCCGCGGAAAGGGCUAAGCUCAAGGCUUGCCUCGGCGCCGCCAGUUUGCUCAAGCACACCAGAUCCCCGCUCCUCGCUGGUGGAUCUCUGGGGGUAGGGUUUCUAAAAGGCGGAUACAACAUCUCGAAGAACUGUGUUAAGGUGCUCGAAGGAUUCAUCGGGCUGCAAUUGAAUUCAGCGGUCAGGGAGGGCAUCGAUGCGCUGGGCUUGGCUGUUAGGGUUGCCACUGUUGGGAAGGAAAUAAAACGCUUGCUUUUGAUUGAGUGGCAGAAGAGGACACAAAUUGAAUGCUUGAUUCUUGGAGGAGACUCGAGACCUGGAGUUCGAUUGAGUUACAAAAGAUGCAAUUUUGAUCGAUUUCACGUAAUUGGUGGCGAUUUUGGCUCUCAGAAUUUUCCAUUCAUGGGGAAAACUCCGUUCGAUGAAAUGGAUUUAGAGAUGCAUCUCUCUGAGCUGCUUUGCAUGUCAAUUCCGGUAUAUGAGAUACUAUGAUCGAUGGACCUCUUGUCGAUAGUUGACUUUUCAUCAUUGUGAGAAAUCUGAUCUUAUUGGAGGGAAUUGCUUAGCUUUUGGAUAUUAAUUAGUGCUUCCGUAGAAAAGUUGAAGGCAAGACAAUUCAACCCAAGGUGAACACGUGAGGAAGACUAUGCCUUAGCUAAAAGAUACACAUGAAUAAAUACAUAAAUCUCAACAAGUGAGAUUCUAAGUUUCUGCCGCGAGCAGCAAAGGCAAAAAUGCAUGUAAUAUCGAAUCGAAAGUACAAUAAGAUAACAUGCCAUCCUAGUCAUGGCCAACACCACAUUUCACUGCUGGUGUUAUUAGCUGCUUGUCAUUAUGUUGCAGACGUGGUAUUGCUUUACUGCUGUUUACUCACUCAA